AUGGAUCCUGUUGUCGGAAUCCUGGAUAUUCCGACGGCAGGAUGGAUCCAACAGGAUCCGAAAAUCCGAAAAAUUCAUGUUUCGGAUUCGAGACCAUCGGAAUCCAAUGCGAUUCCGUCACCCGGAUUUCAUCGGAUCCGUCGAAUUCCUGUAGGAUCCGAUAAAAUCCUAUAUUGUAUCCGAUCGAAUCCGAUAUCAUCAACUGUUACAACUAGUUAUGACAGAAUCAGUGAAGCUAGCAAAUGUUUCAUCACGAGACCAGCAUACAUGUCUGUUGAGCUCAAUGCUCAUGAUCUGCCGUAUCUGAUUCUGUUAGUGCAAGAGAAACAAUUGCCCAAACAAGCGCUGAUCAAUAUACAUCUAUUCAGUUCACAACCAUGUGAAGCAAUUUUUAGAGAUGCAAGAUCCUUAAGUGGUACGUUCUCUUCAACAAUCAAUUUUACGGUGAAAGAUUUCAUUCGUCGUUCAAAAAAACUAUCGAUAUUGAAUCAGAUAAAAUACAAUUCAUUGCAGAAAGAAUUAUCGUUCCGUACUCAUUACAAGCGCAAACAUGCACAAUCAUUGGCCACAUCGCUGUCUUCGUUAGAUGCCAUUGAUACGUUGGAUAUUGUGCAAAUAAUAUCGAUCGCAUACGACGAAGCGAUAGGUCUUGUUGAGCAUUCGCAGAUAUUGAAGAUAUUAGAAAAGUCAGGGUUACAUGGUAUAAAUAGUUUAAGUAAGCAUGUUUCCGAUGUACUGAAGAGAAAUUCAAGAAUGAUUGAUUAUUCCUCAUUAUUGGAGCAUGAUUUUAUUGAAGAGUUCGACUUAGACGAAGAGGAUGACGAUGAAACCAAUUAUGCACCAGACCAAGUCGCUGGUGAAACGCAAUUUAGUUUUCCAACUGAGAUGGGUAGUGACGACGAUGAUGAUAGUGAAACCGUAUUAAACUCAAUCAAAUCAGAUUUUGAUGGAAUCCGAAUAACUGAUAAUUGUAACCCUGCUGUCU